CUGCCAGUGCCAGCGGAGGUAGAAGACAUUUUUAUGGAUUAGUCAUUCUGGUUCGCUCCGCACGGUCCAUUCGAAGUUUUGCUUCUAAUCUGGUGAUUAAGUUAAGUGUUACCCGACAAUAUAGUGUGUUUCAGACGGUAUUUAAAAAGAUUCGGCAUUUAGCACUUGCGGAAAGGCAUCGAUUAGGGCCGUGUUUUGUAACGAAUGGCUGCCGUUCAUAGAUAAUGUAUUGGUGAGCACAGUCAAUAAGUGCCAAUCCCACAAAAAGUGACCACGCGAUCCGCAGUCCGCGAGGUGAAAGAAAAGCGGAAAGGUGAUUAUCGCCAAAGAAAAUAUCGAUUUGAGUGAAAAGUAGCCGUGGAUCUGCGGGAAACAACUUACCGCUGGAGUAGUUCUGCUUUCGCCAGAUAGCAGUCAGUUCUUGUUUGUUGUAUUAUUUCGCUUAAUCGUAUGAUUCUUCACAAUUUUGUCCAAUAUGGGAUUCCCUUUCGUGGGUGUAAGUAAUCGUGAAUGAAUGCAAGUGUUCUGAAUCGUUUCUCUUUGGAUAUCCCAUCACGUAUUUCUCCCGAUAAGGGGAAAGUUACGGAGUGAUUAGUGUGCUGCUGUUGCUAUUUUUCUUUUUUCGUUUGUGUGUUCCAAAUUUUUCGAAGCCGUCGUCGUGUGUUGCAUAUAGCAACGGUGGAUAACAAAGUUCCAGUGCAGUUGUCAAAUCAAGCUGCAAUAAUUGCCCUGUCCUUGGCGAACGAGCAAUGGAGCUGUUGCAUACAAUCUCGAACACAUUCUGGUCCACCAGUGUUUGGCUGCCUCCGAACGUUACCUGGGACGACAUUCGGCCGGGAGUUCGACCGGAUGUGCAGCACGCCGACUACCGGCAUCUGGUGUACCCGAUUCCGAUAGCAGCGAUAAUUCUGGUGAUAAGAUUUUUCACUGAGCGAUACUGGAUCGCACCGAUCGGCAAGGCGAUUGGCAUCAAAAGUACAGGACCCAAGCCACCAAUAUCAAACAAAACGCUGGAAUGGGCAUACAACAGCAACAGCCGGCUGCGGCAUAAAACCAUUGUCAAGCUGACGAAGCAAACCGAACUGACCGAGCGGCAAAUCGAACGAUGGUGGCGCCGGCGACGAGCCCAGGACAAACCGACGACGUUGGUUAAGUUUUGCGAAAAUUCGUGGCGAUGCAUGUACUACACGUACAGUUUUAUCUUCGGUUGCAUCGUUAUGUGGGACAAAUCCUGGCUGUGGGACAUCAAAAACUGCUGGCAUGGCUAUCCACACCAGUCGGUGACCGACGAUAUCUGGUGGUACUACAUGAUCUCGAUGGCGUUCUACUGGUCCCUGACUGCGUCGCAAUUCAUCGAUGUCAAGCGGAAGGAUUUCUGGCAAAUGUUUGCACACCACAUGAUCACCAUACUGCUGAUGGCACUGAGCUGGGUGUGCAAUUUGCACCGAGUCGGUUCGUUAGUUCUGCUGGUGCAUGACUGCGCUGACAUAUUCCUGGAGGCCGCCAAAAUCACCAAAUAUGCCCAGUACCAAAAGCUUUGCGAUGGGAUUUUUGCUGUUUUCACCCUGGUUUGGAUCGUUACCCGAUUGAUGUUGUAUCCGCGAAUCAUCUACAGCUCGUCGAUUGAGGCUCCGCGGAUACUACCGAUGUUCCCGGCAUACUACAUUUUCAACACACUGCUGAUAUUGCUACUCUUUUUACAUAUUGGCUGGACCUAUCUGAUCAUGCAGAUCGUCAUCAAGGCAAUCAAAUGUGGACAGAUGGAUGGCGAUGUGCGUUCCAGCUCGAGCGAUGAACUGUCGGACAGUUCCGAGAAUGCCCGACCAGUCGUUGCAAAUGGCACUCCAAAGAAACAAUCGCACCGGCCAUCACCUAGCAAAUCGUCGAACAACGGCGCUGACGCCGUUGGAAGCACCGGUUCGAACCCGUCGUCACCUAAGAAGAAAAGCAAGUAGGUAGAUGUCGGCCGUUGCGUUUUGCGAGCUUCGUGGCACCUACCAUUGCUAUCUACUACAACCAAUGUUGCUAUGCUAGUAACGAUAUAAACGCGUGCGUUAGAGAAUGGUGCGUAUAAUAUAUUUAAAUAAAUUGUUAACCUGACCUAUUUAAGUGAAUGGAGACUACAUGUGCAACUAGCAGACAAAGAAUGAUAUAACUAAAAAAAUGAAAGCGAACAUCUAAAUUACUGAACAUAUUUAAGAAUCAACUUUUGCUAUCGAUAUAUUUAUUGAGAACUAAUAGAACAAAGAGGUAAAGAGAACGUCGUCAACGAAAGAGUCAAAUAUCUAUAGGCGACGGUCAUGAAGAGUCAGAUCAGAGUGGUGAUCUGUUUAGUUAGAUAAACCACAGACUCUGUAAACCGCGUGUUAGAUCAUAAAUAUGUUAAUCUUCGCUUUUGUUUCAACAUUCCCGGUCACAUUCAGUAACACUGGUCAUCAAACGUUCUAUGGAUAGGACCAAUUUAGAAAGGAUCAAAAAUUGAGCAUACUCAAUGCCAAAAAAGUUACUACUUACCAGGUUUUAUUCUUUCUAAUGUAAUCCUGCUCGUUCUUUAGGUUGUUGUCCAGUGUAUUUUUUUACGAAAAACCAAAAAACAAUAGAAAUACUCGUACGACAAAACGAAUUUCAUACUAUGAAGCAUGUUCAUUAAAUUGUAGAGUGGAAAUUAAAGUAGGAAGAUGUCGUUUUUACUAUGCUUUGAGCGAGCUAGUUUCGAACAAUCAAUGCGAUUCUGUGUGUAUUGAAGAGAAUGAUAAGGGUUUGCAAUAUUUCCGUAGAAAUACACUCCAUUUCAUUACGCCCUCUCCCCCGCCGGGGUAAGUUAUCUGUUUACCAAUUGCUCAUACAUCAUAAUACACAGUUGCCUUUCAUUAGCCGCCGGAUAGAAAAAUCUUUGUUGUUUGAACUACUGUUAUUAGUUUGCCUCCGCAGUGACUAACGUGACACUCUUUUCCAUCUUCCAAAGAGAGAGAAAGAAAGGAUUGAGCGUAUGCUAUCACCUAGAAUAGAUGAUCUAAACCAGAAACUGGAUACAGUAAAAUUAAAUCUAGGUUAAAAGAAAUAAAUAGUACUAUUGUUUCCAAUUUACCAUCCUAGUUAUAAGGCAGAGCUUUUGUUGAACGCGUGUAGAAGCUAUGAAAUGACAAUGUAUAUGUGUGUGCGUAAUAUAAUGCUAAUAUGGUGCAUUGAAGAUUUGCAUUUUUGUCCAUCACACGAGAACUAGCCGACAAAUCAAAUUAUUUUCCGUUCGCUAGUUUUGCUAUGCUGCUUAAUUCUAUCGUUUCAUAGCUACUUCUCUACGUUCAUCGCUUAGAUUCGUGGAAAUUCUUGGUAAUUAUUUACUAUCGUACUUUUUGAAGUUACUUUGAUAUCCAUAAAAAAAAACAAGGAAAGAUUUCGAAAGGAAAUAUGAUCAAAAUGAAGCACACAAUAAAGUGUAAAACAAA